CACCACGUGUCCUCCUCCCCUCGCCACCCCACAUCUCUUACCCACCUCGUCGCAUCGCAUGGCGGCGCCCGCCCUCUUCCCUCCCCCUCACAUGGACGAAGACGGCGCCGCCCCGCCCGCCCCCGCGAGCCAGUCCCCGCCCCCGACGGAGGCGGAGGCCCCCAGGGGCGGCGGGCUCCUGCGCCGGCGGCCGCCCGUCCGCGUGACCUCGGAGUUCGACAGCGAGCGGCGGCUCUUUUCGCACAGCCUCUCCUGCCGCGUCCUCGACGGAAUCGCCAAGCUCCGCCUCCGCGUCAGCCACGGCGGCCGUGGGGGAGGAGUGGGAGGGAUCGCAUGGGGCCCGCCCGAGGUCGCGCUCCUGGCGCGCAACUUCUCCGUCGUCGUCGACGCCGCCUCCCGCGGCGCCGUGCUGAGCGGCGCCGCCGACCUCGCCGGCUCUCUGCGCCUGCGCGCCGCGCACAAUACCAAGGAGCAACAAGGAGAAGUGUCAGUUACUGCAAAUUUGGGAGAUUCACCAUGCAAGAUUGAAUUGUCAUCUCUGGUUCCUCCUGAUGGACUGCCAAGAGCAACUUUCUUGUUUCCCAACGGUGAAGUUUCAGUUAAAGAGAAGAAAUUGGAUGAGGAUAACAGAAUUUUGUCAGUAAAUGGCAUAGUGAAGUCACAUAUUCUGAAUGGAGUUUGCACAGCAGUAUACAAUGAUAAUGCAAUGGACUUAAAAUAUCGCUACAAGGAUGAAGAGAUAUCGUUUAUUCCCAGCAUCUCUUUGCCAUCCAAUUCAGUAUCAUUCGCAUUUAAGCGCCAAUUAACUCCUUCAGACAAGUUGAGCUAUUGGUACCAUUUCGACACAAACUACUGGGGUGCUGUCUACAAACACAGGGCUGAUAAGCAUCUCAAGUGGAAAGCUGGUUAUGAGUCAAACAACAGGCUUGGACGGGCAUCUGUUUGGGUUGGAGAUGCAAGCGGUAGCACAAAGGAGGUGCCUUUGAAGGCCAAAGUUCAGUUCACGCUUGAAGUCCCCCAGGACAAUAUACAAAAUGCAGUUGUACUGUUCCAUGUGAAGAAAAGAUGGGAUUUUUAGUUUGUGAAUUCUGUUACUGUUACACCAUGGGCACAUAAGGGUGCGUGCACAGAUAAGGGAGAACCAAUAAGAAGUUGGAAUGAAUAUCAAUAUGUAAUCUGUUCAACAAAAUUCUAACAUGCAAAUGCCAUGAAUAAAUUAUGUCAUGUUCUUUUUCCUGCCA